AUGUUACCUUUAUUCAAAAAGGCUGUGUUUGAUGAGGAUGAGGAAGAUAAAUACAAAGAAAGAAAUUCGGGAAAUAGUUUGAAGAGAGAAGAGAGUGGCGGUGGAGGAAAGUCAACCUUGGAAGAAUUGAUAAGGGAAGAGGAGAAGAAAAAGGAGAAAAUCAACAGGAAGGACUAUUGGUUGCGUGAGGGAAUCAUUGUUAAGGUUAUGAGCAAGGCCUUGGCAGAGAAGGGUACUACCUUCAACAGAAAAAUACUGAAGAAAUAUGAUAAGGUUCAUUAUUCCAGGCAAGGACAAAUGUUCAAGUCACAGGUCCAGAGUAUGCACAAGGAAAUUCUGCAAAGUCCUUGGCUUUGUGAGCUUAUGGCCCUCCACAUCAAUCUAAGGGAAACUAAGGUCCAGUCUAGGAAGGCACAUGCUUUCUUUGAUGGAUGUUCUCUAACGUUUAAGGAUGGAAAACCAGCACUCACUUGUGAGCUACUUGAUUCCAUCAAAAUUGAUAUCGACUUGACUUGUUCUAUAUGCCUGAUUGCAGUCCCACUCUGCCAGAAAUACUGGGAGAAAAGGGCUCAAUCAGAAAGGGUAGAGAGGCUUAAACAGAUAAAGGAACACUGGGAAUCGCAAUGCAGGUUAUUCGUAGGUGUCUAAGCAAAACGAGUCAAGAAGUCAUCUCAGAUUCUGCAGUCAAAGAUUAAAUGUGAAUACACAUUUGUUGAUAUAUGGUUUGUAUAUAACAUUCUGAAUCGUGUUUGUUAAAACCGCAUGUAAGCUGGUGUUAUUUCUCAAGAAGGGGUUAUUUUUCAGUAUCACUAAUAAGAAAGGUGUUUCCUUGUGACAUAAAUUUUCAAGCAAAAAAACGGGGAUCCAGCGAUGAGAU